UUCAAUUUUACUCGGAAAGCCUGGGACACAGAAAACAGGAAACUGGUCAAAGGCUCCUGCAUGUUAGAGCCUUUUACAGACUCACUGCGUUGAGUCUGACAACCGAGACUGAAUGCAGCCUCCAAUGUGCUCAGAAGAAUGGGCUUACAUUUCAAGUGGCCAUUAGGGGCCCCUAUGCUAGCAGCAAUAUAUGCAAUGAGUAUGGUUUUAAAAAUGCUGCCUGCGCUGGGUAUGGCGUGUCCACCCAAAUGCCGCUGUGAGAAGCUGCUCUUCUACUGCGACUCUCAGGGCUUCCACUCAGUGCCAAACACCACAGACAAGGGCUCUCUGGGCCUGUCCCUGAGGCACAAUCACAUCACAGAGCUCGAAAGGGAUCAAUUUGCCAGCUUCAGUCAACUCACCUGGCUCCACUUAGACCACAAUCAAAUAUCAACAGUAAAAGAAGAUGCUUUUCAAGGACUAUAUAAACUUAAGGAAUUAAUCUUGAGUUCCAACAAAAUAUUUUAUUUGCCAAACACAACUUUUACCCAACUGAUUAACCUGCAAAAUUUGGACCUGUCUUUUAAUCAGCUGUCAUCUCUGCACCCAGAGCUCUUCUAUGGCCUCCGGAAGCUGCAGACCUUGCAUUUACGGUCCAACUCCCUGCGGACUAUCCCAGUACGCCUGUUCUGGGACUGUCGUAGUCUGGAGUUUCUGGAUUUGAGCACAAACCGUUUGCGAAGUUUGGCUCGCAAUGGAUUUGCGGGAUUAAUCAAACUGAGAGAGCUUCAUCUAGAGCACAACCAGCUGACGAAGAUUAAUUUUGCUCAUUUCCUACGGCUAAGCAGUCUGCACACGCUCUUCUUACAAUGGAACAAAAUUAGCAACUUGACAUGUGGGAUGGAGUGGACCUGGGGCACUUUAGAAAAACUAGACUUGACUGGAAAUGAAAUAAAAGCCAUCGAUCUGACAGUGUUUGAAACAAUGCCUAAUCUUAAAAUACUCCUCAUGGAUAACAACAAGUUAAACAGCCUUGAUUCCAAGAUCUUAAACUCCCUUAGGUCCCUCACAACCGUUGGCCUCUCUGGCAAUCUGUGGGAAUGCAGCCCUCGAAUAUGUGCUUUGGCCUCCUGGCUGGGCAGUUUCCAAGGUCGGUGGGAGCAUUCCAUCCUAUGCCACAGCCCCGACCACACCCAGGGAGAGGAUAUACUAGACGCAGUCCAUGGAUUUCAGCUCUGCUGGAAUUUAUCAACCACCGUCACUGCCAUGGCUACAACUUAUAAAGAUCCAACCACUGAAUAUACAAAAAGAAUAAGCUCAUCAAGUUACCAUGUGGGAGACAAAGAAAUCCCAACUACUGCAGGCAUAGCAGUUACUACUGAGGAACACUUCCCGGAACCAGACAAUGCCAUCUUCACUCAGCGGGUAAUUACAGGAACAAUGGCUUUAUUGUUUUCUUUCUUUUUUAUUAUUUUUAUAGUGUUCAUCUCCAGGAAGUGCUGCCCUCCCACUUUAAGAAGAAUUAGGCAGUGCUCAAUGAUUCAGAACCACAGGCAGCUCCGAUCCCAAACACGACUCCAUAUGUCAAACAUGUCAGACCAAGGACCAUAUAAUGAAUAUGAACCUACCCAUGAAGGACCCUUCAUCAUCAUUAAUGGUUACGGACAGUGCAAGUGUCAGCAGCUGCCAUACAAAGAAUGUGAAGUAUAA